AUGUCGCAGCCUCAGGGAGAAGCUGUUGACAGGGAGCAGUGCCAGAGAGCCGGUUAUAAUCACUUCUCCUCGUGGGCAGCAGGCUUUGGCCGAAGGCGCAGCAGGCGCAGAGGGCCACGGUGGGACCCCAGAACUCUCCCAGGUCCCGUCUGGGGCCCAUUACCAGCCGCUGCCACAGAUCCCCGCUCUGCAAACUUCACUUUCUAUGGAAUAUACAUUUACAAACAGGAGCGGGGCAUUUGUUCUGACAGGACGUCCCUCGGCACUUGA